CUACUGACCACUAGUGAUUCUUUUAAAAAUAGGUACGACUUUAGAAACUACUGAACACUAGGUACGAGUCUUUUAAAAACUACUGAACACUAGCUAGGUACGACUCUAAAAACUACUGAACACUAGGUAACUUUAUAUUUACGGAAUUUAGCAGAAAAGGCAGUUACAAAAGUGCUUUGUCAUUUACUCAGAAAAUUUACUCAUUUUUUUAAAAACUACUCAACACUGGGUGACUGGUUCUUUCUAAACUACUCAACACUGGGUGACUGGUUCUUUCUAAACUACUCAACACUGGGUGACUGGUUCUUUCUAAACUACUCAACACUGGGUGACUGGUUCUUUCUAAACUACUCAACACUGGGUGACUGGUUCUUUCUAAACUACUCAACACUGGGUGACUGGUUCUUUCUAAACUACUCAACACUGGGUGACUGGUUCUUUCUAAACUACUCAACACUGGGUGACUGGUUCUUUCUAAACUACUCAACACUGGGUGACUGGUUCUUUCUAAACUACUCAACACUGGGUGACUGGUUCUUUCUAAACUACUCAACACUGGGUGACUGGUUCUUUCUAAACUACUCAACACUGGGUGACUGGUUCUUUCUAAACUACUCAACACUGGGUGACUGGUUCUUUCUAAACUACUCAACACUGGGUGACUGGUUCUUUCUAAACUACUCAACACUGGGUGACUGGUUCUUUCUAAACUACUCAACACUGGGUGACUGGUUCUUUCUAAACUACUCAACACUGGGUGACUGGUUCUUUCUAAACUACUCAACACUGGGUGACUGGUUCUUUCUAAACUACUCAACACUGGGUGACUGGUUCUUUCUAAACUACUCAACACUGGGUGACUGGUUCUUUCUAAACUACUCAACACUGGGUGACUGGUUCUUUCUAAACUACUCAACACUGGGUGACUGGUUCUUUCUAAACUACUCAACACUGGGUGACUGGUUCUUUCUAAACUACUCAACACUGGGUGACUGGUUCUUUCUAAACUACUCAACACUGGGUGACUGGUUCUUUCUAAACUACUCAACACUGGGUGACUGGUUCUUUCUAAACUACUCAACACUGGGUGACUGGUUCUUUCUAAACUACUCAACACUGGGUGACUGGUUCUUUCUAAACUACUCAACACUGGGUGACUGGUUCUUUCUAAACUACUCAACACUGGGUGACUGGUUCUUUCUAAACUACUCAACACUGGGUGACUGGUUCUUUCUAAACUACUCAACACUGGGUGACUGGUUCUUUCUAAACUACUCAACACUGGGUGACUGGUUCUUUCUAAACUACUCAACACUGGGUGACUGGUUCUUUCUAAACUACUCAACACUGGGUGACUGGUUCUUUCUAAACUACUCAACACUGGGUAAGUGUGAUUCUUUUAAAACUAAUGAACACUAGGUAUAAGUCUUAAAACAGCACCAGACCCAAACUCACCUUUCUGCGGCGUCUGUGUCUAACCGACAGCGUAGGUUUCUUUUUGUGAAGAGUUCUCUCCAGUUUUAUAUACGACAGAGGGUGAUGCCUCAAUGGCUGAUUCUACCUAGAAAUACACGUCUCUGUCGGUGGAGGGUAAUUAUACAGUAAUACACUAGAUUACACUACUGGCGUGUGAUAUCCAGCUACAUGUCCCCUCACAACAGCUCACUCGCUUGUGUUUUCACUGCUUUGUCAAACAAAACUAUUUUUCUGUUGCACGUCAGUCCACACGCAUGUUUCACGAAUCUCACUGUCGUCACCAAAAUUACCAAAUUAAAUGAGUUGAAUUACUCAGUCAAAUAAACACUCACGGCUGUGCAUGCACUCGGCUAGUCGGAAUGAGUGUGUCAUAUGUUAAAUUGUAAGGGUAAUUUUAUUUUCUUUAUAUUUAUUUUUUUUCGCGACAUCAAGCAAUGUGAAACACAAGACCAACCGACUAGACGCGAGGCAUUGUGGGUAUUGCGUCCACAAGCACGUUUGUGGUCAAGCAUGGCUCGGGAAAACAAGAGGAAGUUAGAGGAUCUCAGUGUGGAUGAGUUCCUGUCUGGAUUUGAUGCUUUGGAGAGAGAGGACUCUUUAGGGGCCUCACCGCAAGAGAGUGCGGAAUAUAAAGAGUCUGUACUUCAGGAGAGUAGUUUAAAGAAGAGGGGCCAAGCAUCUGAGCACAAAGCACAGUUGUCCAGGCUAAAGCACAACGAUCCAGAGUUCUUCAAGUUUUUGCAGGAGAAUGAUGAGAAGCUUCUGAAUUUUGCUGACUCGGACAGUUCUGAAGAUGAAGAAGAAGAGAAAUACCACAAACUGCCUUCUCAGCUCGAGAUGCCCAGCUCGGAUGAGGAGGGGGAAGAGGAUAAAAAGGAGAAACGAGUCAAGAAAUCUGCAAAAAAGGCCAUAAAAGUCACAACUAAAAUGAUUGAUGACUGGAGAACAGAGCUGAAGCAAGCGCCUUCGGCGCGUUUAAUAAGAGACAUCACACAAGCCUUCAAGGCUGCCGUGGCAACCACGAGAGGAGACGGCGAUAACGAGUGUCGCUACGCGGUGGCAGACAGCUCAGUGUUCAACGCGCUGAUCCUGUUGUGCAUCAGAAACAUGCACGCCUCGCUGACCAAGCUGCUGCACAUCAGAGCACCAGACAAAGACCAGAAAAAAUUAAUAUUACCAUCAUCAAGUCCCAGGUGGCAGAAGCAUCAGCUCGAUAUUAAAAUGUACUUAAGUGGGAUUGUCCAGCUGCUGGGUAGUCUGACUCAGUCCACGGUCACUGCUGCAGUACUCCGCCAUGCCCACCAGAUGGUGCCCUACUACCUGUGCCUGCCUAAGCAGGCCCGGCAGUUUCUGAAGCAACUGAUAAAGCAGUGGAGCACCGGCGAGGAGACGGUGCGCGUUAUCGCCUUCCUGGCCCUCAACAAGAUCUGCCGUCACAAGCAGAACGUUUACCUCAAUACUGUGCUCAAGCAAAUGUACAUGGCUUACGUCCAGAACUGCAAGUUCACCUCGCCCACCACACUGCCCGUCAUCAACUUCCUGCAGCACACGCUGGCUGAGAUGUACGCGCUGGACACGCACGUGUCCUACCAGCACGGCUUCGUCUACAUCCGCCAGCUCGCCGUCCACCUGCGAAACGCCAUGAACAUGAAGAAGAAGGAGACCUACCAGUCAGUGUACAACUGGCAGUACGUGCAUUGCCUGUACCUGUGGUGCCGUGUGCUGAGCACCAUCUACCCCAGCGAGGUGCUGGAGCCGCUCAUCUACCCGCUGUGCCAGGUCAUCAGCGGCUGCAUCAGGUUGAUGCCCAUCUCUCGGUACUACCCACUGCGCUUGCACUGUGUCCGGGCUCUUCUUCUGCUCUCGGGAAGGACCAGAACAUUCGUGCCAGUGCUACCAUUCCUCCUGGAGAUCUUUCAGCAGGAGGACUUCAACAAGAAGCCGGGGCGCAUGAGUCUCAAGCCCAUCAACUUCGCUGUCGUCCUGAAGCUCAGCAAGACCAACCUGCAGGAGAAGGCCUUCAAGGAUGGCCUGAUUGAGCAGCUGUACGACCUCAUACUGGAGUACUUCCACACUCAGGCCCACUCCAUCGGCUUUCCCGAGCUCGCUCUUCCCACCAUCAUCCAGCUGAAGGCGUUCCUGAAGGACUGCCGGGUCUCCACCUACUGCAAGCAGAUGCGGCAGCUCCUAGAGAAGGUGCAGGAGAACAGCGCCUUCGUCACGGCCCGCCGCCAGAAGGCUGCCUUCGGAGUAGCCGACGCCCCCGCCGUGGCAGCAUGGGAAAAUCAGGUUGCAGAGGAAGGAACACCUCUCACUAAGUACUACAGCCAGUGGAAGAAACUGCGGGAGAAGGAGAUUCAGCUGGAGAUUUCUGGGAAAGAAAGGAUGGAGGACUUAAACUUCCCUGAAAUAAAGCGCAAGAAGCCUCAAGCAAAGGUUGAAGACAAGAAGGAGUUCAAGGGUCUCUUCGAGUCAGACAGCGACUCCGACAGUGAGGGCCUAAUGCGCAAGCUUAAAGAAGGUGGCUCCGAUGAUGAUGAUGAUGAUGAUGAUGAUGAAGGCCUUGAGGACCUAUCUGAUGCGAGUGGUGGGGGUGACGACGAUGAUGAGGGCGAGGAAGACUCAGAUGGCACAGAGGGAAAGGCAUGUGGCUCUAAACACGCCCCUAAGCAGGUGUCCAGCGAGGAGCUGCAGGAGCUGGCGGGAGGAGACGAGGACUUGGUCGAAGACCUAGAGCUCUCGGACCAAGACUGAGGGCCUCGCGAGUCCAGCGAUGUAAGCGGGGAGCAGACUGCCGGUUUGGGCUGGGGCAGACCUGGGUCAUGUGACCAACAGCAGCUACUUCUUCCCCUUUGCACAGUGUCACACAAGAUUUUGUACAUCAAGGACAAAAUGGUGUUGAUAAAAGGAAUUAUUCCAUGUUCAGUGUGAAAGUAUUAAACUGAAAGUAUUAUUUAAUACUUUCACAGAAAAUAUGCCUUCUUUGUCAACAUGGUUUAUAUAUUGUCUUAAUAAUGUAUUUUUGAAAUGUUAUAAAAUGAACAAUCAAAAAAGAAA